AUGGGUGAUUCGUCCCGUCGAUUUGGAUCUCAGGACAAUCUUCUCAGCAUGGGUGACGACGACAGAGGCGUUGACCCGGCGCCCCCAGCGCCCCGACGCCGCACUUCCAAUUCAGAUGCCACCAACGGUGCCAACGGCCGAUCCGCUUCAAAUGGCCGCCCUCGCGGCGUCCGCGCCAAUCCACGCGAGCCCCUGCUUCAUCCACAAAACGGAGCACGCGGCCAGCCCGUCAACAGCCAGCCACGCUACACACCAGAAGAGGUUGAGGAGCUUCGCCGCCGCCGCUUGGCCGAGAUUGAGCAGAUUGAGCAGGAACUGGAGCUCAAAUACGGCGCAGAAUCUGUGCUUGCGCUGAUCAAGCCCGUCUCCGUGUGCAUGAUUGUCGUCAUCGCCACCAUCCGCUCCGUCGCGUACUUCAGCACAAACGACACACAGUUUGUGUACACCCCCUAUGAGAGCAACAACCCCAAUGCGUCCAACUCGGAGAAGUUUGGCGGCGCCAUCCUCAAUGCCCUCAUCAUCAUCGGCAUCGUCGUUGGCAUGACCUGCGUGCUCCUCCUCCUCUACAAGUACCGCUGCUACAAGGCCAUCCAUGGCUGGCUGCUUCUGUCGUCCCUCCUCCUCCUCUUCUUCUUCAGCUACCAAUUUGUCGACCAAGUGCUGCGCGCGUACAACUCGACACUCGACUGGAUCACCAUGGUUGUCUCCAUCUGGAACUUUGGCGUUGUUGGCCUAAUCUGCAUCCACUGGAAGGGCCCAUUGCUGCUGCAACAGGUCUACCUUGUCGCCGUCUCGGCCCUCAUGGCCCUCGUCCUCAUCAAGAACUUGCCUGACUGGACGACGUGGGUUGUCCUCGCCGCCAUCGCCAUCUACGAUCUCGUUGCUGUCCUCUCCCCAUGUGGUCCCCUCAAGGCUCUCGUCGAAACUGCACAGGAGCGCGACGAGCCGCUGUUCCCUGCACUCAUCUACUCCUCGACAAUGGCGUGGAUCGUGAACAUGGCAGACACGGGCGAGCGCACACAGACCCAGUCAACAUCCCUCACAAACGGCGCACAAACUCAACCACAGCAGCAGCAGCAGCAGCAGCAGCGUGGUGGCACCGCCACGUCGUCGUCAUCGCACGGCCACCACCGCCGUCGCAGCCGGCAGUCGAGCAGCAGUCCCAACGCAGACGACGUUGAGCUGCUGGCGGAUAUCGGGGGCAGCCCUGCGCCAAACAGAGCACGCACAGCAGCGUCUCGCCCGCCUGCAAACCAAGGCGACGACGAAGAGCACACUGGCGUCAAGCUUGGUCUGGGCGACUUUAUCUUCUACAGUGUGUUGGUUGGCAAGGCCGCCACUGCAGACAAGUGGACCACCAUCGCCGCCUGCUACGUCGGCAUCCUCAUCGGGCUGGCGUGCACGCUGUUGUUGCUGUCCAUCUUCCGCAAGGCGCUGCCUGCGCUUCCGAUUUCCAUUGCCUUUGGCCUCGUGUUCUACUUUGCCACAUCAGAGGUGCUUGAUCCCCUCAUCAACCAGCUCAACGACCGCCAAGUCUUCAUCUGA